AGGCGGGCGCAUUGGGGAGCGGGAGGGUUUGCCCCGGCGAGAAGGAGGCGGUGGGAGCGAGCGGCUCCCUUUCCCCCCCUCCCCCGGCGGGGUGGUGCGGCCCGUUCCGAGGAGGGCGCUGCGCCUCGCCGCUCAGUGACACACAGACCCGGCGCGGGGCGGCGGCUGGUCGGGGCAGCGGGCUGGGCUGGGCUGGGAUCGUAGCGGCGGCGGCUGAGAGCCGAGUCCGGAGCAUGGCGGGGACCGCGGCGGCCGCUCCCCCGCCGGCUUCUCCUGCCCGCGGGGAACUUUCCGCUGCCGCCCCCGCGGACGCUGCCUCCUCCCCUCCCCGGCGGCCCCCGGCGCUGCCCGGCCCGGGGCUGCUGGGGCUGGGGCUGCUCCUCUGCUGCGGUGCCUUGGCUGGACCAGUUGUUGAUCCACAUGUAACAGCAGUUUGGGGGAAGAAUGUCACCCUGAAAUGCAUAAUUGAAAUAAAUGAAACAAUAACACAAAUCUCAUGGGAGAAGGUACAUGGUAAAAGUACACAGACCAUUGCUGUUCAUCAUCCUGAAUAUGGGUUUUCUGUUCAAGGAGAAUACCAAGGAAGAGUGUCAUUUAAGAACUACUCACUUACUGAUGCAACUAUCAUCCUAAACAAUAUAAGCUUCUCUGAUUCAGGAGAAUAUGUAUGCAAAGCAGUUACAUUCCCACUAGGAAAUGCUCAGUCAUCAACAACUAUAACUGUAUUGGUUGAACCCAUUGUGAGCCUAACCAAGGGACCAAACUCUUUAAUAGAUGGUGAAAAUCAGACAGUAGCUGCCAUUUGUACAGCAGCCACUGGAAAACCUGCUGCAAAUGUUGCUUGGGAAGGAGGUCUUGGAGAAAUGGAAUCCAGUUCUACUUUAUUUCCAAAUGAAACUGUGACAGUUGUCAGUCAAUACAAACUCGUACCCACCAAAUUUGCCAGAGGAAGACACAUAACUUGUGUUGUGAGGCAUCCAGCUUUGGAAAAGGAGAUGAGAUAUCCUUACACAUUGGACAUAUUAUAUGCCCCUGAAGUUUCAGUAACUGGGUAUGAUGGAAACUGGUUCAUUGGAAGAGAGCAUGUUCAGCUCAGGUGUAAUGCUGAUGCAAAUCCACUGCCCAUGGAAUUUACAUGGACCAGGUUGGAUGGACAAUGGCCUGGAGGUUUAAUAUCUUCAAAUAAUACUCUGCAUUUCAACAAUCCAUUGACUUACAAUUAUACUGGGACUUAUGUCUGUAAGGUGACCAAUUCCCUUGGACAAAGAAGUGAUCAAAAGACUAUCUACAUAUUAGAUGUGCCAUUUAAGCAGACAUCUUCUGUAGCUGUAGCGGGGGCUGUAAUUGGAGCAGUUCUUGCUCUCUUUGUCAUUACCAUCUUUGUGACAGUACUAUUGACUCCAAGGAAAAAAAGGCCAUCCUACCUUGACAAAGUGAUUGAUCUUCCACCCACACACAAACCACCACCUUCAUAUGAGGAAAGAGCCCUUUCUGUAUCUCAGAAAGAAGUCAUUCUUCAGAGAGAACGCUUCCCUUUGCAAAGCCAAUACAGGGAGAAAAAAGCCGGAAAUUUGCAGAACAUAAAAUCGGUAAAUGGCAGGCAACCUAAUUACGAAGAUGAAAAUCCAUUGGGCCAAGACAACCUUCAGCAGAUGUACCCAGUUCACAAGCAGAUAUGUUACAAAGAUUGGACCAGCAAGUACCAUCAAAACCCAGGAACUGGAAGAAUCUACAUUAAUCCUAGAGAACACUAUGUGUGAUUGCUUCCCCUGCUGUGAAUUUUUAUACAGAAUAAAUUGGUGUUAGAUAAGUUAAAAUUUUGAGAAGUCUGCAAGCUUAAUGCUUGUUGAUUAUAGAACAAGUACGUACCCUGGUGUGUUCUAGUAGGUACAGAACCAAUUAAUAGUCUUUUUUUUGUGUGUGUGUGGUGAGAGAUGGUGAGAAACAGGCAGGCAGAAAAGAUGCAUAUUUUUGGAACAACUAUUGCAUUUGUGACUUUGAUUGCGGAUUUGCUUUUUCAGUAGCAUAGUGCUUAUCUGUAUUGUACUGUUAAAAUCCCAGUGUGUGUUGAUAGCUGAAGGGAUCCUCCAGAAGAAGAGCCUCAGCUGCCUGUGUUAACCUCACCAGAUUUAAGAAAUGCCAGCCCAUUCAUCUGUAAUUCAAAUGUGCGUUAAAUGAAUUUAGAAUCUAUUUCCCUAAUUCUUUCUUAGGGAUUUCUCUCUCUCUUCUCUCUGCCCACCCCCAAAGUGGAUGUGCUUAAUACAAUUACAAUUCCUGUGUACAAAAAAUGAGGUAUGAGCUGGAGGGGAAAUGUACAUCCUUUGUGUCAAGUGAGAAAUUUGUAUCUAGGUUGUGUCUAGGUUUUGUUUAAUAUUUUAAGACACUUUAGAAGCAUCACCAUUGGUAAAUAAUUUUAAUGAUACUGACAGUACUUGACCACAGCUUCUGAUUCCCACCCUCGUUACCUCUAUUCCCCAUUCCAAUAAACAGUCAGGUGCUAGUCUGUUAAUGUACUUUCUGGACCAAUACUGCCUAUCUACCCACCUCAUAACUGCUAUUCAAUUCUUUUCUGCCAUGAGUCUCAAGUCACAUGUUCUUUUCUUUUUUUUUUUCUUCCCUUAGCUCCCAGUUCACACCUCCCCAGACUCAGUCUACCAAA